CCCUAGUCGUUCCCUGAAGGUCACACUUCCCUAGUCGUUCCCUGAAGGUCGCAUCUCCGUGGUUGACUCAUGAGCGUUGUCCCAUAAUUGUUCCCUGAAGCCAGUGGUCCCUGCAGGUCGUUCUCCAAUAAUCGUCUCCUGAAAGCUUACCCUCAGUGUCCCCUAAUUUUCUCCGUGUGAUCGUUGUAUCCUGAUUCACCUCCAGGGUCAUUGCUUUCUGAGCUUUCGAGUAACAGUUGUUCCUUUGAUGUCCCUUUAACAUCAUCGUGUCUCACUUGUUGUCCUUAAGACUCUUACUUGACCCUCCUCCAAGGUUGUCUGUCGUCUCCUGUCUGUUCCCUCAAGCUCGCAGCACUUUGUCAUAUAGGGGCGUCAUUGGGCGACUCAAGCAAAGUCGCCCGAACUGUAAGCUACAGGACAGAUCUCAGAUGCGAGACUGAGUUGCCCAAACGUGUAGUUGAGUAAUGCAAGGCAGCAGCGUCAAGCAAGUUUGAACCAAGCCCUCCAUUCUGGAGGCCUUGGUUUGAACCCUUGGGAGCCACGUGUGAUGUUUCGAUUGUUCCUUGUGAAGAAAAAAGAAAAUAUAACGUAGCACACCUAUGGCGCGCUUAAAUGAUGCAAAAAGUAUGUCCACACCAGUAUGCCACCAUCAAAUAAAUUAAAGAACGGAACUUCAACGUUGAAACACUGUGUGAAACAAACAAACAAAAAAAAAAACAGCCUUCAUGAGACUUAAUGAUCGUGUGGGCUCUUCAGUUUGAAGCUACAGACACAGGUGUUAAUGGAAUAGCUAUUGUGCAGAACCGAAGCAACAACAACAAUGUUUGCUGUCUCUGAUUCAAGAGUCAUGGUUCAUGGGAACUAUUUAUGCCCGUGAUCACAGCAAAAGUAUCGAAGAGUUCGUUGGAGCAGAACACGAUCGCGUCUCUGGACGGUUGUUGAGCUGUCUCUGUUCAAAACCUUCCCUUAUACUCGACUUUACUUUUAUCUGUUCCUCUUGGUCAUAGUGACCACUGGCAUGCAGUUGUUUGGACUACAUGCUUAUAUCACCUGUGCACACCUUUAAGCACCCAUUCGGACUACAUACUGCUCUCCCUCCUCCACGGCCGGUCACGCGCCAGCCAAGGGUGCAGUCCAGCAGGCCAUUACACUAGCCAGCGGCCACAGGCGAAAGUUUCCCCGCGAUCUUAGCGAUGGAGCGCCGAACACGCCUCGCUGGACCCCGGCUGCAGAGGGGUCCCGUACACCCCCCCAAGCCUGACCGGACACUGCAGGCAACUAAAGAAUUCGUGGAAAAAGUGAAUGAGCUGCGCCGGUCCAGGAACGUGGGGCCUCUGUCAUGGAACACGGCGGUCAAGUUUCUUAUGGCCAGGAAGUUUGACGUGUCAAGAGCUGUAAGUUUGUAUGAGCAGCACGAAGCCACAAGACACAGGGAAGGACUUGUUAACCUCAACCCCACUUGUGAACCUCUGCUGAGUGAACUAGCCACUGGGAAAUUUACUAUUCUGCCUGUCCGAGACGAGAGUGGUGCUGCCAUUGCUGUGUUCACUGCGCGCCUGCAUGACCCUCGAGCCACCACACAGCAGACCACACUACAGGGAGUUGUGUACCAGCUGGAUGCCGCCUUGGAAUCCACAGAGACGCAAAGAUGUGGCCUUGUCUUCAUUUAUGAUAUGACUGAAUCUGCCUAUCAAAACUUUGAUUACCAAUUGUCACAAAAGAUUCUCACUUUGCUGAAGGGAGGUUAUCCUGCGCGCCUCAAGAAGGUUCUUAUCGUGACAGCACCACUCUGGUUCCGCGCUCCUUUCAAGGUGCUGCGGCUGUUUGUGAGGGAGAAGCUGCGGGACAGAGUGUAUACAGUUUCCUUGCCUGAGCUCAUUAAUCACAUCCCUGUGAAGUGCAUGCCAGUGGAGCUGGGUGGGGACCUCUACACAGACCAUAAAGCCUGGCUGCUGAAGUGCCAGGUCUCCAUGACCAACCGAGACCCUUCCACCGUGUGUGAACCGGCGCCACCCCCAACCCUCCAUUCGGGGUUGGACCGGGUUGAGUCUGGUGAAAACAACCCAAAUAUGGUGCCGUUUGGAGAUCAGGAUCCCAGCAGCUCAGUGGAGCAGUGUGACUUCAGUGAUGAUGAAGUUAGUUGUUGUGAGAAGAGCUUCUCUCAUGACAGUAAUGAUGAAGAUGACCUUGAGGAAAAUGUUGAAGCUCAAGAUGGCAGAUUAUCCGGCCUGAAUGGCACAGAAGUUGAGGACACAGCCAGUGAAGGAAAACGGAAAGAAGAGGAUACAACUCAUGUAUUGAAAGGAGAGACUUCUCCAGGACCAGAGAUUCAAGACACUGCUCACCUCAAUGGCCAUGUCCUGCAUGAAUCAGGCAGAAUUAGUGGCCGGGGCUCCCCAUUGGCUCCACCCAGCAGUGGCAGCAGUGGGUUCAGUGACGAUGACAGUCUUCACUGUGAUGACGGGCAAGGGUUUACUCUAGAGGAGUUUGUGCGGCAUUUAAGGGACAAAGGGCGGCAAGGCCUCUACCAUGACUACACACAGAUCAAGAGUCGUCCCCCUGAUGGCACCUUUGAAAACUCAAGAAAAAGGUGCAACCAAGUAAAAAAUCGGUACACCGAUGUGCUGUGCUUUGACAGAACCAGAGUAGUGCUGGCAGCUGAAGAUGAAGAAGGAACAACAGAUUAUAUCAAUGCUAACUAUGUUGAUGGAUAUAAACAGAAAAGGGCUUUCAUUUCCACUCAAGGUCCUCUGCCUGGAACAUUUGGUGACUUCUGGCGGAUGAUCUGGGAGCAGAAAGUUUGUGUGGUGGUGAUGACAACACGGGCAGUGGAGCGUGGCCGAACCAAAUGUGGGCAAUACUGGCCACUGGAGCAGGAUGCCAGUGUUACUCACUCUCACUUCACCAUCACCAACACUCAUGUCUACAACUACCAUGACUACACCGUUACUGCCCUCACAAUUGUGGACAAUGUGAGUGGAGAGGAGAGAAGGGUGGAGCACAUGCAGUUCACAUCUUGGCCAGACUACGGUGUGCCAGAUUCAGCCAUGGCUAUGCUAGAAUUUUUGAGCCAAGUGCGGGAGUCUCAAGCACGCCUGACAGCAGCAUAUGGAAGCUCUUGGACAGGCCACCCCCUGGGACCACCUAUUGUUGUUCAUUGUUCUGCUGGGAUAGGGAGGACAGGAACAUUCUGCACCUUGGAUAUCUGUAUACGACGCUUAGAAGAAACUGGUACCAUAGAAGUGAAAGGAACUGUUGAGAAGAUCCGGUCCCAGAGAGCAUACUCCAUCCAGAUGCCUGAUCAGUACGUCUUUUGUCACCUGGCACUCUUGGAGUACGCGCUCCACAAUGGGAAAUUGGUAGAAGUUGAUCUCACUGGUUUUGAAGAAGAUGGAUCAGAAAGUGAUUAAUGAAGUUGCCUGCCAUGUUUCUAGUGGAAUACUAAAAUUUAAUGAAAAAUGUCACAAAUAGCAGUCCAGACGCCUUGUUGAUGACUGUUGAUGUGUUCACAGACUCUGUUGGACCUUCUUAGGCACACAGUGAGUAAAAUUGUGAUAGUGCUAUUACUGAAGGAGAAAAGAAGGGCUGUGGUAAUGUGGAGAACAAACUAUUUCUUGAAGUACACCUUGCCAUCCAAUCUGCUGAAGGCGAGGUAUCUUCCUUUGCCACCAGGUGCUGAUGAUUGUUGUCGUGUGAGUGCUGAUGAUUGUGAAGAAGAAAUAGGAUGUACAGUAACAUGCACAUGGUUGAAAAUAUUUGUUUACCAUUUGCCUUCUCUUUCUAUGGAAUGGUGCACAUAUCAGAGGAAAAUUGUGUAAACUCCACAUCAUAAGGUUUCUCAAAUGAAUAUACAGUGUUCUUAUUGUAGAAAAAUCAAUUCAACUUGAAACACAUUAUUUGCAUUGGCCCUUUUGGUAGUUGUUAACCAGGGACACAAUGACCACCAUUCCAGGAGGCCGAGGGCAGCAGCUUUUAGUGGGGGGCGGCGGCCAGUGCUGCACCACAGUCGUGGAUGAAGGUACAAAAUAUAAUUGUUUAGGUGCCAGUCAUUUUGAAAUCUCCAGUAUUUUUUCAAAAUUAGAAUAAUAUUUAUUCCAGUGAUAUCAAAAAUAACUUUGUAUAUCUUACUUCUUCCUGUACUCAUGUAAGAGAUUCAUAUACAUCAGACAGAAUGGCAUAUUUAUAUUUUUUACAAUUUCCUUUGCCAAUAAUAUUAGUGCAGAUAAAUUUAAUUGUUUAUAUAAAAAAAAAUGACAAUACUAAAGUAUUAAUCAUGCAUAUCUGUAUUUCUGUAUAAUAAUUUGAUGUUAAAAUCUGUUUUUAUUCUACAUAUUUUGUUAAUGAAAUGGGACUGGUGUGAUUUUUUUUUAUUUAUUUUUUUUUUAUUAUUAUUUUAUUUAUUUAUUUAUUUUUUUUUUAAUUACAAAGCAAGUAGCUGAAAAAAAAUUAUGAUAUUAUUUUGAGCCUGACUGAUUAUUACAACUUUUUCACUUGUUAUUUAGAAAUAAGCAAAUGAGUCAUUUCCUUUACAAAGCAACUGCUUAUGUGUUCACUAAGAAGUGCUAAUUAAAGAAUGGGAAAAAUGUUGCCAAGUUACUACUUCACUCUGUCCUACAAUGCUCCAGCCUGCAAGCCUGCCUCAAUCCAGGUAACCUUGUGCCAGAUGUGGUGUCCAGUGAGAGCAGCAAGGAAAUGGUAGCAAUAACUGCAGGAAAACUGCUAUUUGAGGCAGUUAUGGGUAAGGGCAUCUUCCACUUGAUGGAAAUAGGACCAGCCUAAAUCCCAGCUGCAGGCUGGAGACCUAAUUUUUUUUUUUUUUUUUUUUUUUUUUUUUUUUUUUUUUUUUACUCAAUAGGUAAUGCUUAUGCAUUCUCUUUCUUCAUGUCCUCUCACCAGUACAAAAACAUGAACAUUAGCCUGAAAUGGCAGACUUAGAAUACAGGAACAAGAGAAGGCUCACAUCAGGACUCGGCAUAUAAUAUUUUGGCUAAAUCUCUUCCAAUCUCAGGUUUGCUCCUCAAGUUUGCUGUCUUUAGUUCUCUUUCUACGGCAUGAGGAAGUGGCUAUUUUGAAAAUAAGUGAAAUUGAUAAAGUUUUACUUGAAUAAUGAUCAGUUUUGCAGGUAAGCUGCAACACCUGGUAAUUGUAAGCUUAUUAGCUGUCCAGUAUAGUGUAUAGCUUUGCAUUAUUGCCCACUUCUUUAUGUGACUCACAGUCCUCGAUAAAGGGUUAGUUGUACUUCUUCAUUAUAUUAAUCAAUUAUCAUUGGUGCAGCAUUGUACCAUUAUGAAUUUUGUUUGGCAUUUAAUUUCCAUGCAUAACCUGCAAAUUGGAAAACUUUCUUUUUCCAAUAAGCAGAAAACUAUUAUCAACAUGACACUGACAAUGAAUGACAAUUAAUAAUCCCUAAGAAUGCUGUUUCCGUUGAUAUAUGUGAGGGCAUAAUGUACGUGUGUAUAUUGUGUACAUUGGAAGUGAUGCAAAUACAAUUAACAUUUGUAAGCUACCACUGUUAAUAGUGUGUAUAUAUAUAUAUACAUAUAUAUACAUAUAUAUACAUAUACCUAAACAUACCAUGUAAAUCUUAUGUUGACUGGGGAACUCUGCUAGGUGUUUUUCAAUAUUAUUAUUAUUAUUAUCAUUAUUAUUAUUAUUAUUAUUAUUAUUAUUAUUAUUAUUAUUAUUAUUAUUCUAUUAUUAUUCUAUUAUUAUUAUUAUUAUUAUUAUUAUUAUUAUCAUUAUUAUUAUUAUUAUUAUUGGGUAUUUGUUGUUCCUGGGUAUUUAUGAUACUGAUGAGCCCAGUUAUUCUAACAAAUUUAAGCUUGAAUGGUGCCAUUUUAUAUGUAAUGAGAGCAUGUAAAAUUGGUGGUAAAUGGCAUCUCCAAUGCCUGUGCUUGUCAUUGUUUUUAAAAAGACUGGCAGUGUCUUUACUAUUUUUGCAAUGUGGUACAGUGUAAUCUGCAAGUGUAAUUUCAUGUUAUCUUAAAGAAAAUAUUUUCUUAUUUAAUGUGCUUGAUAUAAUUAAGCCUUUGUAUAUCCCCAAAAUCAAACUACACUAUCUUCUUUCUGAUACCUAUUUGUUGAAGUUGAACAAUUAUGUUUUCAGCUUUGAUUUUGAAUGGCCACCAGAAUAUAAUUUGAAGAAAUGUCAGACAUCCUUUUUGUUAGUGUGGGAAUCCCUGUACUGACGAGCAUCGCACAACUGACUCACUUGAGUUACCGAAGGUUCACUGGCACAUCACCAAAGAUGAAACUUUUUAUAUCACUUUUGUACAUACUAGUCAAAUGUCUAAAUAAAAUCUUCUUUCUAUUUAUUGA